CAGUUUCAGUACAGCCACGCCCACGGCUCCCAGGAGGGAGAAGCGAAGCAAAGUGAAAGUAGUUCUCAAGCCAUUUCCUGGAGCAUCGGAGACUCGGUACCCAGAGCACCAUGUACAGCCGCGGAAGGACACUCUCUGUGAGGGUCUAUCAGCUUAAAGUGCUCCUCUCUCUGUUCAUGGUUGCAGCCAGCAGCCUCACCAUUGAGUUGAUCCCACAGUGUGCCUUGAAGGGCAAGAACGUCACUCUCAGUGUCAGUGAAAUAAACGGGAUGUUAAAAAGCUUUUCCUGGUAUCUAGGAGAUGCUCCAAGUGCUUCAAACCAGAUAAUUAACUACCUUGUAGGGCUUACACCUCCCACCACUAAUGGACCCAAAAAUUUUUCUGAUGCCAUUGGACUUCCAAACGGUUCCUUAUUGAUUGCAAACCUGAAGGAUGAAUACAGUAAUACCUACACAGUCCAGGUACAGGCAGAUUCACCGGACCAAGUUACAAAAAAACUGACUGUGACAACGGACUGCCCAUCUGGCCUUUCUUCUGGUGCAAUUGUCGGCAUCGUUAUUGGAGUUCUUCUUGGGGUCGCAUUAAUCGCAGGCCUGAUUUACUUUAUAUACAAGCAUUUGAACAGCAGAGACAACAUUUAAAAAGAAGACGAGUCCCGUAGUCCAGAAGAGCAAAAAUAUCACCUUUGACUGCAAACCGGUUUUAUUAUUAAUUGAUCAAAAGUUCUGUUGGUUAAUUUCAAGUUUUUCUUAAAACAAAAAAGUGUCUCUCUUGUGUGCCAUUGUGACAAACAGAGGGCCACAAGGGAGAGAAGAGAUCUCACCAUGAAUGAAAAUCAGGAGGCUGAGUGACCAGUCGUGUAAAUGGCUUUCACUGAAACAGAUGCCUCAUCAACUUAUAGGAUAUAAAGGCGGGUCUUGGGAGCCAAGGAGCCAAUUCAUUCAAGACCUGCAUGAACUAGGCGAGCUACCUCAAUAUCCAAAGGCAGCCUAUAGGAUUGCUUUUAUUUAUUUCUUGCAGUCAACAAUUUCUACAAAACGGCUUCCUAAAAACGGAGAGUCAUAACCAAAUAUUAUUUCCAGAGACACUGGGAUUUUGUGUUCUAAAAGCAGGAUGGUGUGCCACCCCUUCCACAAGUGUAAUGAUCGUGUUUAUAUUAAAGCAGUUUGGGUUUUAGUGCCAUUUCCAAUGGCUAUGAGUUAUAGAGUGAGAAAACAGGCACGGAGAGCUGCUUUUUAUUUACUUAGAUGAAAUUGGCCAGUUUAAAAACCAGGGAUAUAUUUGGGGACUACAAUUAACAGGAAGAGA